AGACCGAGGAGCCGGAGCUGAGGAGGCGGCGGCGGCGGCGGCGGCGGUGCGGGGAACCCAGAGGGAACCCGGGUUUGGGCCCGGCAGCGGGGACUGGGCGCCGGCUCGGGUGUUUUCCAGAGAGUAGUUCUUGGGGCAUCUUUGCCACAUUAACUCAGUCUGUCAGGGGACUAAAAGGCUUAUGAGGAGGUUCUGUCUCAGAAAACAGUGUCUAUUGAAGACAACAAGGAAGAGGGAAAAAGAACGGAAAAAAAGAAGCUAAAACAUUUUAGCAAAUCAUGAGAUCUAUCAGAUCUUUUGCUAAUGAUGAUCGCCAUGUCAUGGUGAAACAUUCAACAAUUUAUCCAUCUCCAGAGGAACUUGAAGCUGUUCAGAAUAUGGUAUCCACUGUUGAAUGUGCCCUUAAACAUGUCUCAGAUUGGAUGGAUGAAAUGAGUAAAUCUGGGAAAACAGAGGGAGAUAUAGAUGUGAAAAAGGAUGAAGCUGGCGACAACUCUGCUAAGGAUCAAGGUGGCCGGACACUCUGUGGUGUAAUGAGAAUUGGCUUAGUUGCAAAAGGCUUGCUGAUAAAAGAUGAUAUGGACCUUGAGUUGGUUCUGAUGUGCAAAGAUAAACCCACGGAAACUCUAUUACAUACUGUCAAAGACAAUCUUCCUAUUCAAAUUCAGAAACUUACAGAAGAGAGAUAUGAAGUGGAGCAGUGUAUAAAAGAGGCAUCUAUUAUUAUCCGAAAUACAAAAGAGCCCACGUUAACGCUGAAGGUGAUACUUACUUCUCCUCUAAUUAGAGAUGAAUUGGAGAAGAAAGAUGGAGUAGAAAAUGUUUCGAUGAAAGAUCCACCGGACUUAUUGGACAGGCAGAAAUGCCUGAACGCCUUGGCGUCUCUCCGACAUGCCAAAUGGUUUCAGGCAAGGGCAAAUGGACUAAAAUCAUGUGUAAUUGUCCUCCGCAUUCUGCGUGAUUUGUGCAACAGAGUACCCACAUGGGCUCCAUUAAAAGGAUGGCCACUAGAGCUUAUAUGUGAAAAGUCUAUAGGUACCUGUAAUAGACCUUUGGGCGCUGGGGAGGCUUUGAGACGAGUAAUGGAGUGUUUGGCAUCUGGAAUACUUCUUCCUGGGGGGCCAGGUCUCCAUGAUCCCUGUGAGAGGGAUCCAACUGAUGCAUUGAGUUAUAUGACAAUUCAACAAAAAGAAGAUAUUACACACAGCGCCCAGCAUGCACUCAGGCUAUCAGCUUUUGGUCAGAUUUACAAAGUACUGGAGAUGGAUCCCCUCCCAUCUAAUAAGCCUUUCCAAAAAUAUUCCUGGUCUGUUACGGACAAAGAAGGUGCUGGUUCUUCAGCUCUGAAGAGACCUUUUGAAGAUGGAUUAGAUGACAAAGAUCCCAAUAAAAAGAUGAAGCGAAACUUAAGGAAGAUUCUGGACAGUAAAGCAAUAGAUCUAAUGAAUGCUCUGAUGAGGCUAAACCAGAUCAGACCUGGUCUCCAGUAUAAACUCUUAUCCCAGUCUGGCCCUGUUCAUGCACCUGUCUUUACAAUGUCUGUAGAUGUGGAUGGCACAACAUAUGAAGCAUCAGGACCAUCUAAGAAAACAGCAAAACUUCAUGUAGCAGUGAAGGUUUUGCAGGCAAUGGGCUAUCCAACAGGCUUUGAUGCAGAUAUUGAAUGUAUGAGCUCUGAUGAAAAGUCAGAUAAUGAAGGCAAAAAUGAAACAGUGUCUUCAAACUCAAGCAAUAAUACUGGAAAUUCUACAACUGAAACCUCCAGUACCUUAGAGGUAAGAACUCAGGGCCCUAUUCUUACAGCGAGUGGUAAGAACCCUGUCAUGGAGCUCAAUGAAAAAAGAAGAGGUCUUAAAUAUGAACUCAUCUCUGAAACGGGUGGAAGCCAUGAUAAGCGAUUUGUUAUGGAGGUAGAAGUAGAUGGACAGAAAUUCCGUGGUGCAGGUCCAAAUAAGAAGGUAGCAAAAGCCAGUGCAGCAUUAGCUGCCCUGGAGAAGCUAUUUUCAGGACCCAAUGCAGCAAAUAAUAAGAAAAAGAAGAUUAUUCCUCAGGCCAAGGGUGUAGUAAAUACAGCUGUGUCGGCAGCUGUCCAGGCAGCUCGAGGAAGAGGCAGAGGAACCCUAGCAAGAGGAGCUUUUGUUGGCGCUGCAGCUGCCCCUGGUUACAUAGCUCCAGGUUACGGCACACCCUAUGGCUAUAGCACAGCUGCUCCAGCCUAUGUAUGAAAUUGUAAAUACUAUAAUUUGCGGUGGAAAGUCAUUUGGCAAUAACCUUCAUUGUUUGCACUGCUGAAAAAGAAAACAAAAACCACCACCAGCCGAGAUGUAAUCUCAGUGAUUUAAUGUAUGAUUGUACUUUGGAAAUCGCUUGUACCAUGGGAUUUUUAACCUGGGGUAACAGACUUUAAAUUAUGACUGUGAAUUUGACUCCAAUGCUGUUUUGUAUCAGACCUUGCCCUUCUUCCUGCAGACUUGUAUGUUCCUUUUGCCCAACUGCUUUCACAAGAGGCUUCUUUCAUGAGGUUCAAUUCAAUGGAGCCUCUUGGGAGGUGCCCAUCCAGGGGGCACUGAGCUUCUCCCACAUUCCUGCCCUGUGUUCUCUGCCAUAGACUGUCCUUUGGUUCUGCUGUUGUCUUUGUAAUACCCUUCAUAUUAUGUUUCCUUUAUUUAAUUCUAAAUAAAAGCUUCUGACUUAAAAAAAAAAAAAAGAAAGAAAGAAAAAAGGAAAGAAAAUUGGGUGAAUUAUUUCAUGAAGACCUGGAUUUUUGGAAAACCUAUAUGUGAAGAAUCACGAUAUUGGAAGUCCUUUCUAAGUUUGUUUCUUAAAAUAAUAGCAGCUGCCAUUUUGAUAGUCUUUUGUGGUUUUGCCGAAUACUCUCCUUAUUAUACACCUUUAAGGUAAAGAGAAGCUUAUCUCCAGUUCACACCAGGAAGGGGGCAUGGAGGUUUUGGGGAAAAUGAUCUGCCAAAGCUAGGAAGCAACAAUAUUUCCUACUUUACAUAUUUACACAAUUCAGAAAUGUAUGCAGUUCAAUGAACAUUUAUCAAGCACCCACUUGUUGAAAGACACCUUCAAGUACUACCGAAAUUAUUAUACUACAUUUUCUCUUCACUCUAAAUCUCAAGCCUCCUUGUUUUGACUUGAUGUUUCCCCUGGGAAUAUCCCUCAACGAUUGUGACUUUGAAUACUUGAUUUUUCUUUUCUAGGCAUUUAGGACUCAAUGACAAAAAGAGUAGACAAUCUCUAAGGUUCAUUUCAGUUCUGAUUUUACAUUUGCUUAAAGUCAUAAAGGGCUGACUUCCCCGACGAGGCCUGGGGUAUCUUUACCAGGCAGAAGCCAAAGACUGGUAUAGAUCGAAAGGGAAAUUUGCAGGCUUAUCAGAGUGACAAGGGUUCUUUAUCCAGGACUAACCUGUUACUUUGCAGAAAUUCUCCAUUGGCUGCAACUUGCCUUGUGCUUCUCCUUCUCCAUGCCUAACCUGUUUUGCUUGAUAUUUAGGGAACUAGGCAUGUGAUAGAAAAUGAUUCGUAGGUUUUUUGAACUUGCCCAGCACUUCCCCUACCUACAGGCUUGGGUCUUUAGGGAUGUCUCUACAUUUUGAAAGACAGAAUUCAUUUCAUGAAAUCAGAAGGCCUGGAUUCUAAUCUCCUGUUUUCCUAUAUGACCUUAGACAAGUUCCUUCUUUUCUAUGGUUUUCAUGUCAUAUGGAAGGAAAACAACAUUUUUGUUUAGCCUUAGAGGAGGACUAAGUAAUUAAGCAGCAGUAAGUUUCAGAAAGGCUGGUUUCAGUUUUGGAAAACCUGGCAGCAGGUAGAACUGCUUUAAAAAAAAAACUAAUUUGUAUGUGCUGGGCAUUGUGCUCAAUUCUGGGAUAAAAAGAAAAAGCAGAAAUACCCCGUGUCCACAAGAAUUUGACAUUCUAAUGGGAGAAACAACAUCUACAAAUCAUAGAAGAUUAAUAUUCAGCAGAGGGAAAGUAAUGUUAAAGAGGAUGGCAGUGGUAGCUGAGAGGCAGCUGGAAAAUUCUGGAGGAGGGCAGAGUUUCUGGAGCUCAGUUUUAAGGGAUUCUGGAGGUUGGAGGAAGCACAUGCUAGGUCUUGAGAGCGGCUCAUGCUAAAAAAAAAGCAUGGAGAUGGGGGUAACAAUUUUGAGAAACAGAAUGGAGACUGGUAUGGCUGGAUUGUGUAAUGUGUGGAGGGGGAAAGAGUGCAACAAGAUGGGAAGACUGGAAAGAUAAGAGUGUGAAGGACUUUAAAUGCCAAAAGAUUUUGUAUAUAUUGAUCCUAGAUAUAUAAUAGGGAGCCACUGAAAUUUAUUGGGCAGGGGAGAUAAUGUGGCAGCUGCAUUGAGGGUGGAUGAGAGUGAUGAAAGACUAGAACAAGGGCCAGCAAACUGAAGUCCAACUGCUUGUUCCUGCAUCUAUAAAUUGAGAAUGGUUUUUAAAUUUUAAAGCAACAGUAAAAACUUUAAAGACAACAAAAACCGUUCUUAGUUUGAGGGCUGGAUUCAGCCCAUUGGCUGUGUUUUGCUGAUUGCAGGAAAAGAAGCUGGGUGACAGUUGAACUAAGUCAGCUGUGUGAGUGAAAGGAGAAGGGAGCAUUUGAGAUGGUUUUAAGGACAAAUUACAAUAGUUUGCAACUGCUUGGAUGUGAGUUAGGAGGAUGGUGCUGGGAAGUAAAAGAGAGGGGAAGAUUUUGGGUAAAAGAUCCCAAGGGAGAGAAGAGGAGAGGGGAAGAAGGAAGUAAGCGAGAGGGAGAGAGAAUGUAUGAAAAUACACAGAAACCUGGAGAGAGCAUGGAAUGGAUGCUCUUGUCAUUAGAAGCCUUGAGAGGCCAGGUCACCACUUGCUUGAGGCAUAGAUGACUACUGAAAUUCUCUAUAUAAACUGUGAAAUCAAAGCUCCAUUUCAGCUGUCAUUCCAUAUUCGAUGGUGUUUUUUCAGUUGCAAUGUUUUAUUACCAGUUACUGGCUAAGCAGCAAGGAGGGUGCCUAACUCCAGGAGCUUCUUUGCCAGGGAGACCUUCUUUUGUGACUCUUACUGUUCUUUUCACAUCUCUCAGGGGGCCAGAAGGCAGGUCAGGUGCCUCUCUCACUAGGGUUGAGAAGUAGAGUCUCCCUUCUUGUUUUAUAGCCACUUCCUUUUACAUCUUGGGGAGAGAGUAAAUUUGUGUGAAGAGCCCUAGAGUUGGAGUUAGAAGCACCGCUGAUUGUGUGUGGUCAUGGGCAAGUGAUUUAAUCUGUUCCUCCUCUUCUACAAAGCCCGGGAGUUAGACUGGAAGAUGUAUGAAUCUCAAGGCUGGCUUUUCUUUGGUUAAUCCUGGAGCUCAACCCAGAGUCGGAAUGGAUCUGUCCUCCCUGAGGAGUUGCUGGAAGCUGAAGGUGUAGGAUUUCAUGGUCGUCGAUUGACUAGGGAAUGUUUGGUAGCUGAGCCGGGCAUGCUUGUAGCUAGACCUGUGGCCUGUCAAGCUUCAAGGUCUCACAUUUUAGCCAAGAAUAAAACCUCAGUUCUGGCCUAAGUUCCCUUUUCCAGUUCACAAGUGGUUUAAAAGCUCAUGGUGGGGGGCAAUUCCAGGUCUGGGGCCGAAAACACCUGAAUCGGUGUAGGAAGUCAGUGCCUAGUGGAAUUUAUUUGGAAUCCGCUCACUUGAGCAUCCUGCCCCUUGGGACCAUUUAUUUUUGAGAAAUGCAUAAGAGUUCAGGUUACUACUGCUUGAGGCUUCCCUGAGGCUUCGGGUGUUGUUCAAGGAGGUGGGCUGGGGGGAAGAAACUCCCUGUUCUCACCCUGGGAAGCACUGUGUAGUGAAGAGUACCAAGUUUGGAGUCAGGAUAUCCACUUUUGAGACUUAACCCUAUUCUGUUAGCUGUGAGACAAGUCACUUUACUGCCGUUUCUCUUCUGUGAAAUAAGAAUGAAAGCAAAAUGUGGGUGCUCGCUGCUGGGGAUCCAAAGACAAAAUCCCUGUCGUCCAGCUUCUGCUUGAAGUUGGCAAGAGCUUCAGAAGAGUGCACUAAUUAUUCUCAAAUGGGAGUUCUAGAUAGGUUCUUGGUAGGAAGAGGUGUGACCAGUAGUCAAGAGCAUCCUGAUGUGCUGUGGAAAAAGGCAGAAAGGAUUCCCAAGAACAGAAGUAUAGAAAAGACUUUUUUCCACAAAAUUUGAAAAUGGAUACAUUUCCUGAAGUUACUUUUGUUGGUAUCUCUACUGAAACCGUAAUCUGGAGAAAUGAGGCCUGAGGAAAUCCAUAGUUUGUGGGUACUCGGUUCAAAUGCCAGCUCUGCUGCUUACAGCCUUUGCUAAUGUGGGCCCUCAGUUUCCUUAACUCUAAAUUGAGAAGGUUGUUGAACUAUUAACCCUGGGUCUACGAACAACUUAAAUUUCCUUUAAAAAGGUUUCAAUUAAAUUUGUUUCAUUUAUAAUCUUUUACGCAUUUUUAACAUGUUAUUUCCAAGAGGGGUGGUUGUUGUAGGUUUCGCCAGACUGGCAAAAGGGUCCACCACACAAAACAAAUUUAAGAUCUCUAAUGUUCCAGUUUUAUAAUAAUUCUACUACUACUACUAUCACCACCACCACCACCACCCCGCUUACUACAAGUUCUUACAAUAAUUUACCUAGAUAAUAAAAGCUUUUUAAUGGGUACCACUGUCUUUUGCUCUUUACACUGCCUGAAGAAUUUUUUAUUGAUAGAUUUGGUCUACUUAUUUACUCAGAAAUCGAUUGUGAUUCAGUGGCCCGUUAUUACUAGUUGAAAAAAGUUCAGAUCCAAUUGUUUACAGUCAGAACCCCUUCUCUUAACUUUUCUAACCUUAUCUUUGAAUCCUGUUAACAGGCCAAUUGAAUGAACUGGGCAUUCUCUUUGCACACCUCCCCAUGCCUCAACACACAAUUUAUAUUCUCCAUUUCUUAGUGAGUGUUCGUCCUCUCUCCCUUUGCCUGCUGAACCUUUGACCCUGUACCAACUUUUAAGACCCAAGUCAUACUAUCACUACCAUGAAACUCUUACUAAGGGCUACUCCCCACCUAAGAUAACUCUCCAUCAAUCCCUUCAAAUUAAGUAGUACUCUUUACGCAUUCCUUAAUAUAUAACCAUCUUGUUUGUUUAUAUAUAGUUUGUAUUGUAAAACUCUAUUAGACUGUGAGCUCCAUGAGGGCAGGGAGCAUAUCUGGUCCGGACUGUAUAUCUCUUCGAACGUGUUCUUCAAACAGUAGGUGCUCAAUAAACAUUUGAAUUCAA